UUUAUAUAUAUGUGUGUGUGUGUAUGUAUGUAUGUCUGUCCUUCUAUUGGUCUGUCUAUUUUUGUCUAUCUAGCUGUCAGUUUGUUUAUAUAUCUGGUUUUCGACCUUACGUUGAGUGAUAGAAAUGAACUAUUGUUCAGUUGUCACCAACUAUGAUCGAUAAUUAAUCUUAUUUGGCCUUUUUCCCCCCAAAAUCUUUUAAAUUUGUAUGAAUAUAAACAUACAAACACAGGCAGACCUUUGCGACACGCCUUCCCCACGUGUUGUUAUGUUACGUCACUUCCUGCGCGCUAGAUACGUACUAGGAAAUAUCCUUUACGUCGAGGGUUGCCAACUCGGAAAGCUCCGGAUUUACGAUGCUUCUAACGGGCCAAUGUUAGCUUGUUAUGUCGACAUUACUGCAUAUUUAGAUUGUUAUCUUACUAAAUGAAAACUCACUUACAUCAAGGUACGCCAUAUUGAUACUUUGAACCGGAGAUUCGUGCCCACACGUUGGCUAAAGUUGUUAGCCGCGCUAAAGUUAGCUUGUGUGCCACCUGACAGUCCAGAUGUGACGGCGGCCACUGUCUCGAUGCUAAUUUAAGUCGGGGGCCAGUCAUCAUGUCUACGACGCUGACAGCCGAGCAGCAGCGAAUGAUUGAGGAGAACAGACGGAAAGCUUUGGAGAGGAGAGCCCAGAGGCUCGGGCAGAACCCGACAUCGGCACCGAAGCAGUUUGUUCCACCCGUGAAGAAAGAAGCACACAUCACCGAUAACCACAAUAAGGACACGCUUUUUGGCAAUGGAGACUUUACGACAACAUGGACUUCGGCCAGAGAUGACCCUCCUCCGGCCAAGCGUCAACACGUCAACCAGCCUUUGACGUGCACUGACAGCAGCACUAGCAGUACAAAGCCAGCUCAGCUCAGUUACCCUGCCAACAAGGCGUGGAACUUCAGCAUGGAGGACUACCAACAGCUAAUGACCCAAGUGGCGUCCAUCGCCUCGGUGUCUUUGAGGCCCCUGGAAGGGGCGGAGUCGUUGGACAUGGCGGCGGUGACCAGCCGAGCUCAAGAUGGCUCGCCGCUGACCGCUCUGCUGAAGCUGUGCAACGGAUGGCAGAAACUGGGGGCCGAGGUCCAGGGCCAGUGCGUCCUGGUGUCGCCCUCCAGAUUUGAGAUUGAUAUCGAUUACCAUGUCGACGUGAUUGCAGCAUUCAAGCAAAUGCCGACAAAAACCUACGACAUGAAAACAAGGAAGUGGAGCUUUUCACUGCAGGACUACAAGAGACUCAUGGGGCUCCUCGGUGGGAUAGCAGCCGUGGAGGUGGAGCCUCUUCCUCGGGCGGUGGUCCAGUCUUUCUCUGCCAGCUUUGAGGAGACUCAAGCCAGGAACCCGGACAUCCCUGAGGCCGACCUGUCCUGCGUCGAACCCGCGAUCACAAGUAGCCUCAUGCCCUUCCAGAUGGAAGGAGUCAAUUAUGCGGUGUCUAAACAAGGCCGCCUGCUCCUGGCUGACGACAUGGGUCUGGGGAAAACCGUGCAGGCCAUCUGCAUCGCUGCCUACUACAGGAAGGAGUGGCCCGUGCUCGUGGUGGCUCCGUCCUCUGUGCGCUUUACCUGGGCAGAGUCCUUCCGUCGCUGGCUCCCAUCGUUGAGUCCCGACAGCAUCAACGUGGUGGUGAAGGCCAAAGACAACCUGCGGGCAGGGCUGGUCAACAUCGUCAGCUACGACCUCCUCAGCAGAAUGGACAAACAACUGCCAGGGAAUCCCUUUAACGUCCUCAUCAUGGAUGAGUCUCACUUCCUAAAGAACAUAAAGACGGCUCGUUGUAAAGCUGCUUUGCCGCUAUUAAAGACAGCCAAGAGGGUCAUUCUCCUGUCGGGGACCCCUGCCAUGUCCAGACCCGCUGAGCUCUACACGCAGAUCCUAGCUGUCAGACCCACACUCUUCCCACGAUUCCACGAGUUCGGGCUGCGCUACUGCGGUGCCAAACAGCUGGCCUGGGGUUGGGACUACUCUGGCUCCUCCCAUCUCGGCGAACUAAAGCUGCUGCUGUCCGAGUCUCUGAUGCUGCGGCGCCUGAAGUCCGACGUCCUCUCCCAGCUACCCUCCAAACAACGCAAGGUUGUCACGGUGACAAUCGAUGGAAUCAGCAACCGAACCAAAGCGGCUCUGUCUGCCGCCGCCAUGGAGUUAGCCAGGGGACAUCAAAAUAAAAGGGAUGAAAAAGAAGUCCUCCUCAUUUUUUACAACCACACAGCUGAAGCCAAGUUGCAAGCCAUUACGGAGUACAUCAAUGACAUGCUCGAGUGUGGGAGGGAGAAGUUCCUUGUGUUUGCCCAUCACAAGUUAGUCUUGGAUCACAUCACUAGUGAACUAGUUAAAAAGGACGUCUCGUUCAUUCGCAUCGACGGCUCCACGCCGUCGAGUGAGCGCCAGCAUCUAUGCGACAAGUUUCAGUAUUCGGGCAAGAAGUGCGUGGCCGUCCUGUCCAUCACCGCCGCCAACAUGGGCCUGACACUCCACGCCGCCGACCUGGUCAUCUUCGCCGAACUGUUCUGGAACCCCGGCGUUCUUAUCCAGGCUGAAGACAGGGUCCAUCGCAUCGGUCAAACCAACAACGUGAACAUUCACUAUUUGGUCGCCAAGGGAACAGUUGAUGAUCACCUGUGGCCGAUGAUCCAAGCAAAAAUGCAAGUGUUGGAGCAGGUCGGCCUGUCCGAGUCAAACCUCUCAGCCAACGCGGUGACAGCUCAGUUCCACUCUAAGGAUCCCAGUCAGAGGAGCAUCGCGGAGAUGUUCGCAAGGUCUUUCAAUGAGGAUGACGACGCGGACACAGGAGGCCAGUAAGAAGAUUCCACUUUUAUGUUAAGUGGGAAAAAAAAGUUAAUUUGACUAGUUUGCAGCACAAACCAUCAUGAUGGAUAAAGACUUACAGAUGCAUCUUUUUACUCACUGGGGAAAAUACUAAAUGUGUAUAGUCAGUAAAGACUGGAUGGGAGACUGAAUACUGCAACUUGACAAUUCGUUGUCCACGUUUGCUUCUAUACGGGGAAACAUGAUCAAGAGCCAUAUUUAGGUUGUGUUCCAAUGAUGAUCAACUCUGGACCUUCUUUCACUUAUUUGGGUGGACCGUGAAGAUUUGAUUCAUGUGUGUCACCUAAGUAUGAAGGAGAAAACAAUGAGGUCAUUUUAUCAUCGUACGUUUUUGAAUAUACCUACACACACUGGCGACACUGCAAACUUCAAGCAGAAUAAUAAACACUGUUACUUGAAUACAUCUCUAACGGUGUCAAUGAAAACUGAGUAUUGUAGAAUUCUCCAUUCAGUUAGUUUUAUAUUCAGGGCUUUAUUAUUUAAAAUAUUAAUAAUAAUGAAUUCUAAAAAGUUUUUGGUAGGUGACAUUCUGGGCACAUUUUCUGUGUUAAUUGGGUCCAAGUAAAAUUCAGUGAAAGGGUGAGGCCACUAUUUUUUUUUAUUUUACCUAACAGUAAAUAAAUUAUUAAAUUCAAUUGGUAUUAAAAUUGGUAAAAGUCAAAAUUGAUGCAUUUCUAUUUAUUGUAUGAGUUAUAAAUGUUUCAUAAAUAUAAUUCACAAAUAUCACUAUUACAUAUAUUCACAUUGUAUAUUGUUUUUUUUUGUUUCUAGAAUGAAUUAGAUUUUUUUAAAACUGAUACAAUAAAUGAAUUCAAUAGAAAUUCAAUUUUACAUGUUUAAAUUACAUUUUAAAUUGAAUUUAGAUAAGAUAAUUGAUACUGUAAAUUGUAUAUAACAGCAAAAUAUGCAUUGUAAGCCUUAUAAAUAUAAUUAGCAUUCAUUUUAAAACAUGAAAUUGCAAUGGAAUUAUACCAAUUUUAAGUUAAUAUAUGAUGCUUUUAUGAAGGUAUUGCUUUAUGCAUACCUUCAUAUUGUUGCUUUUGUUUAUCCAGUGUGGCUUCAUUUGUGUUUUUAGCUGCAUGGAAGAAGGUACAAAUUUAAACAAUUGAAAACAAGCCCUAAUAAAUAUUAGGUUAUAGCAGUUGUGUGACAGGCACGUCAUGUUAUUACCUGAAGUGUCAGUGAUCCCGGUUUGUUCACCAAAGAUGAACUGGAUCUCCUCCUGGGCGCGCUUCUGGCUUGAGGAGCCAUGCACGGAGUUGCGGAGGACAUCGGGGGCCAAGCGGGCCCUCAAAGAGUCGGGGAACUCCGCCUUUGCCCGGUCGGGAUCUGUGGGACCCAUGGCGGCCCUCCACUCCUCCACUGCAUUUUCCUUUUCCAGGAUCAUCAUCACACUUGGUCCACUGACAUGAGAAGACACAGAGGUCACAUGGACAGCUUUCAAUUUUACGCUGUAGUAUUACUGGAAAGAAUUACAGCGAGCCCCUUGAUUGGCUGGUGGUGGGGGGUAGUGUCUGUCACAUACACAAAGUGUAGCGUGUGAAGUGCUGCCUUGGUUGAGCAGUAUACGGGAUGGGGUAAAGAGUCGCUCACUUGCAUGAGACAGGGCCAGCCUCUUAAAAUGGGCUAAUUUCAGUAAGACAAGCAAUACAGGGUGUAAAGUGGACAGUGGUUCCUUGAGAUACUCAUGACUCAUCUCAAAUCAUCAUUCCCCAUUAAAAUGAAUGGAAAUGCCAUUAAUCUGUUUCAGCCCCCCCCCCC